AUGUCCUCAUCUUUUGCAAUUAUAAAUAAGGGAGGCAUGUCGGAUGGGAAGCUCGAUGUCGAAUACCUGGGCGGUGCCCUCUUACAUCCAUAUUUCGAACCUGACCCACAAGCCCGGAAGGCAAGAGCAUGGCUGGCACCUCUGAUUAUCUUCCUCGUCACCUACAGUCAGAAAACAAGGCUUUUCUAUCCCCUGGAAGACUAUCUUCACAUCAACUAUUGUAUCGCGGCGAUCCCGACUUUCCACAUAAUCUGUGUUACAUUACAAUACGCUACUCAUAGGGGACCUGCCAGACAGAUCGAUGUCGCUAAGCACAAAAAAGAAGACGAUGAGCAGGCCUCCUCCUCGGAUACAGACUCAGACAAUUCAUCGAGCAUCACCACUUCGGACUCUCAAGUGACGCCUACCGAAGUAGUCCAAAAAAGGAGGGUCUCCAAAAUGCCCGCGAAGAAAAAGAACAAGGUAACCUCCUUGAAGUCAAAAGAAUCUGCUCCUAGCAUCGGGGAACUAGCACGCUUUUCAAUCUGGAUGACAAGCAGCCCAAGAUCUUUAGGCUAUGUCUGGGGUCCACCGGCUUCUGUACUCUUGCCGGCCCCUAAGAGAACGAUGGCCAAGUUUUUGUUGAGAUUACUUGGUCGGCUGGUACUCAACCAAUUGGCCCUGAUUGCCUUCUGUUCGAUCGCUCUUCCCACUGCAGCCCAUCCGGAAAAGAUCUACGGUUGGGUCUCACAAUACGUGGAUCUUCCGGACACCUGGCCAGUUCGGUUUUUCUGCGAAAAGGUGUUCAUGUUGCCUUGGGGAACAGUAGGCAUGCACGCCUUUGAUCUCGUCGGAUGUAUCUUCAUCAUCUGGGAGCUGCUCUGGAUAACUGGGGCUCGAGCGGUCCUCCCAAGUACAUCCAAAUGGAGACCAGAGCCAUUUGAUACGACCGAGUACCCCGACCUGUUCUCGAGAGCAGUACUGAGGACCAGUCUGACUGAAUUCUGGUCGAAAGGUUGGCAGUCUACCUUCAGGAGAGACUUCAUUUUUUGCGGUGCAGAACCGCUCGCGAAGUUGUUUUCCCCGUGUGGAUUAACGGUGUCCAGAUUGGCUGGACUCAUGGGCGCCAUGCUCAUGAGCGGUCUUUUGCACGAAUGGGGAUUGGUUUCAUGCACAAAUAAGAUUGACUGGUCUUUCCGGACGACGAUAUUCUUUCUGUUGUCGGGGGUGGGGAUCGCACUUGAGAUGAUCUUCAAAAAGCUCACUGGACGGCGGGUUGGGGGGGUACUGGGUUGGUUUUGGCUGUGGGGCUGGUUUGCGUUUUGGUGCCAAAUGUUUAUGGAUGCCUGGUUCGACAUAGGUGUAGGAUUGGCAGGUAUGCGCGGCCCUUAUGAGGUCAAUCAAUGGCCAAUGGCCAAGUUCUUGCUAGUGUUAAUAGCGCUGGAACCCGCGGGGUACCCGAGCCUUUUGGCCUUGCCCGCGCCCCGACCCGAGGGUAUUCCCGUUCGUCGGGUACGGAAAUCAGUGCGACCGAGACGUACCCGCGGGUAUAGGGAACGGGUCACGGGUACCCGCGGGGUUGAAUUCAAGGCGGGUAUACCCGCCCAGCAGAGGGUAUACCCGCUCACCACAGGGUAUACCCGCCGAUACGAGGUCCCGGCUCGGAGAUACCCGCGGCGCAAACCCGAGAUACCCGCGGGUAUCUCCAAGGCGGCCUGUGGACCGUACCUGACCUACCCGCCGGUCUUCGGGCUCCUGAAGAGCUGUCCCGGAGCCCUAAACCGUCGGUGUACCCCCCGGGUAUACCCGGAGAUCCCGGGAACGGGUUCCAGCGCUACUAGUGGGACUGCCGAUCGGUCGGGCGAAUCGGCAGAUCUACUUAGACAGCCUGUUAAGGACUCUCCUCACUCAACCGAUCUCGCUCGGAACAAGCCAUCCCCGUCGGAGUCGUGCAUGCAUGAAGAAUUGAAGCCCUUCGGAAGCAGCCCGACUGAUCUGCACAUAUUGAUCCGCCUGGUGAAGUUUUGGAUGAAACCUGUCAAAUUUCAACUUCAUGUGUUCCUCAUACACCACCAGGACACUUUUCGCUCCUCCGGGGCGUCGACGCAACGUCAAACAAAAGUAAUGGGUCGGGAUGACCGAGCGGUCGAGUUGCCGCGGGUUUGUGCGUCACACCGCGGUUGUCCUGACCAAUUGGUCGGCCCGCCUGAUGCAUUUCGGUCAGGCUGCCGGGACGGUCGGAAUGGUCAGCCGACCACUUUCCACCUCGGCGGUUGUCGGCCAGCCGCCCGAACUUUGACCGUCCGGGGGCAUGCUGUCAUCAGCUGUCACCACGUUUGGCAUAUGCUGCCCGCCGCCCUGACGCCAUUCCCCCCGACCCAUGUACAACCGACGGGUUGGCCGGUCUUUAACGGCCAUGUAAUGGUCGCGUUGACACAUGCCCAGUCAGGUCACCGGAGGGUCAGUUUGCCCGCAGGCCGGCCGGUGGCAAACGUCGACCAUGACAUCUCGCCGGUCAUCCCAACCAUCUGCCGUCUGCCGUUUGCGGGCAUCACGGUUGGUCAGCGUGACCAUGAUAAAUCUGACGCAUGCCUGCCGAGCAUCGCGGUCGGGUUGCAAUCAAACUUGCUUCUGCUGGGAUCCUCAUCUCAUCAACACGUUCCAACCAUGGCAGAAUCCGCCCUAGCAAGACGACCUGAUCCUGAGGCGCGGCCCAGCUCUCCUACCCCGGCUGUUCAACAACGAGAAAGAUUCCCCCUUGUUUAUGUAUCGUACCACAUAUGGGUCCCCAGCUACGUGAUGUUCCCCAACGGCGCUCCGCCCAUGCCUCCGAACGUGCGUCACGUUGAAGUUGCGUCUGACGAUGCCGUGGCCGCCUCCCUCCCCCCCUUCGAGGUUCCGUUUCUUGCGAUGUCGGUUGGGGAAUUUAAGCGCGCGGUCAUGGCGGCGCUUGGGCCAUCUCGUUCCGAUUUCUCUUUGACCGAGGUCUUGACGGCGGCGGAUGCAGCGCGGAAGCUCCAAUGGCGAGGCAAUAUCAGCUGGCCGGGGGGGCCUCCAACGGGCAAUUUCGAUGUCUCUCGAAUGUACAAGUUGUUUGGCGAACAUGCGGCGCAGGCGGAGCUUCCAAAGAGGUGCCGAUUGCAGUUGAUCAUGGAAAAUCCAUUACGUCGCAUUGGGGACCCUGAGUAUUGGAUGACGUGGAUGACGACGAAGCCACAACCGAUGCCAUCCGAGGUCUAUGUGUCGUUCAAGCCCAGCGGUGAACCGUUACCCCCGCCGGAUCGAUGUUUUGUGCUUGAACCUGAGGCGUCCGAUUCUGCGGGUCCUGACGGAUUGAUCGACACACCCGCCUCGGCUCCAGGUUCCCGUCGUUUGGAGGCCGACUCGCCCACUUCCAGCCCUGGCUGUUUGCUCCGCGGUUACUCUUCUUCGACGGGUGACGAGGUACCUGAGCCUGAGUUCGCAAGGGCUUCUACUCACGCAAGUUCUCGUCGGUCUUCUCACCCCGAUGUCCUGGCGACGAGCGAGGGUUCUCAACCUCCAGCAGAUGCCAAUUCGAACGGUUCUCAACCUCCAGCCGAUGCCAAUUCCAACGGCCCCAUUAAGCCUGCGGACAGUGGCCGCGGGCCGGGCCGCUCUUCGUCACCUGAUUUGAUUAUGUUGGACGGCCCACCGGCGUCCUGGGUAUCGAAUACGAAUGUCCGACCCCGGAAGCGUCGCCGCCGCUAUUCGUCACCUGAUGUGGAAGUGGUCAAGGGCGCCAAGGUUGUUCAAGUGAAGACUACCAACUCAAAAUCAUCUAUUGCCGGUGCAGCCACAAGCGGCUGCUCGGGGGUUUCUGUUAAGAAGUGA